AUGGAUAAACUAGCUAAAAUCAUGAACUAUUUAAUUAAAUCAGAUCUCUACACCAAAAUCCAUCAUAGGAAACCAGAGGAUCCGGAGCCUGAUCUAACCACGGGACAACUUAUGAAGGAAUUAUACAAGGAUGUGAUCUUCUCUAACAAGAGCUUCUGGGACAGGGCUGAAAUUGAACAGGCUCGCCAGCAUUUUGCUGAGUAUCUCUGUGUUAGUAAAGGGCAGGGCUAUGGUCUCUUUAAAGGAUGCCUUAUUAUUAAUGAACAAUUACUUAAGUUGAUUAUUACUAGUCCUCUGUAUGGCUUCGUUGGUAUGAUCGAUGGGCGGUAUCCUAAGACGCGGUAUGAUCUGCAAUAUGCUGGCUUCAUACAGCAGUUGACUAGUAAGUACAUGUGGGAACUGUGUCCCUCUGUUCCUGAGGGCUUAAUCCCCGUGUAUGAUGCUGGAACUGGAAAAGCAUAUAAUGAAGAGGGGAAUGUCCAUCUAAUUACGACAGAUCAGGGUGUUUGGCUGUUUUGA